AUGUCAAUACUUUUGAACUGGGGCAUAGUCCUUCUUGCCAGUGCUCUUGGGAUCAAAAUCAUCUACACAUACUUCUUUUCGCCUUUAUCGCAUAUCCCCAAUGCUGGGCUUUUAGCUCCGAUCUCACGGUUCCUAUGGGAAUUUCCGCUGGAAUAUCGAGGACAGCUAACCCUGGAGCUGCCAAAAUUACACAAAAAGCUUGGCCCUUUGGUUCGCAUUGGUCCAAAUGAAGUAUCGUUCUACUCCCUGGAUAUCUACAAAAAGGUCCAUGCACCAAGCAGUGCUUUCGUCAAGGACCCUCGGGUCUACGGCCAGUUCGUACAAGACGGGCAUCCGGCCUUAUUUUCUAUAACCGACUCUAAGGAGCAUGCACAACGACGCAGACAUAUGGGCGUGCUUUUCAAUCGUAGCCGUGUACCAUCUCUUAUUCCGAUGAUGUUAGAGCAGAUUUUUAAAUUCAAUAAUCUUCUCGCCGAUAUAUGCCAAAAGGGACCAGUUGAUCUUGUCCCUACCUGCCGGGCUCUCGAGGCUGAUAUUGUGUCGAGGUUCGCCUUUGGAAGCCCCAUUGGAGCGAUUGAGUCGUUAGCUUCAGGGGAAGAGUUAAGCGCUGUCAAAGAAAAUGACUUGAAAUCAUCAAAGAUGCCACUUUACACCAAAUUUCCAAUUGCAACUCAGACGUAUGACUCUAUCACAAAUCUCAUCUUCGAUGUCACAGGAUGGGAUGUAUCCUCGGUCGCAAGUUCUAGGUGGUUUGAUACGUGGGCGAAUGAGCAGUUAGAGGCAUCUCUAGACUCGGAGAAAGCCUCAAAUAUCUCAUUUUUGAAAGUGAUGGCCGGGCCGAGACUAUCCACACAGUCUGCGUUGUCCGAGGCUAAGGAAAUGUUGGGUCCUGGGACUGAUACCACUUCAGCCACACUUGCACAUAUCUUAUGGGCUCUUUCCCUUAAUAAAAGGUUGCAAGAUGACCUUUUCCUGGAAUUGGAGCAGGCUAACUGGCCAACUGAUAUGGCUGCACUGGAGUCCAUUCCCCUUCUAGUUGCAUGUGUCAAAGAAGGAAUUAGGUGGACUGGGGCGGCAGCUGCCAUGCUACCCAGGAUCGUUCCAAAAGGAGGUUCUGUACUUGGUGGAAAGUACGUGGCAGGAGGAACAAUGAUCUCCAGCUCGCCGAUCUGGUAUUUGCACGAUGAGAUCGCCUUUCCAGAGCCGCAUAAAUAUCGACCAAGUCGCUGGCUGUCAAAGGAUGUGAUUGAAGCAACGACACUAAGUAACGAAUAUUAUAUCCCCUUCUCGAAGGGCCCAGGCACAUGCGUUGGAGUUCACUUCGCAUACUUGGAGCUCUUCCUUUCAGUUUCACAUAUUUUGAAGAAAUACUCCAUUGAUUCACGCAGUGACCUCAUUGUGGGCGGCGAUUUUGAAGCUGCGUUACCGCCACGGCGAGAGUGGGUUGCUGCCGUGCCUACAGGACCGCUCCAUGUCUCUCUUCGGCCGCGAGACUCGGCGCUACAAAGCAAAAAUACGAUUGAAGGUCCUGAUGUAACAUCACUCCAAGCGGCUUGA